AUGGGCCAACAAAGAGUUGCAGUUAUAGGCGCCGGCACAUGCGGAGUAUCUAUGCUGAAAACGCUGAGUGAAGAUGGCUUCAAAGUUACGUGCUAUGAGCGCAGGAAGCAGGUCGGCGGCCUGUGGGCGUAUACUGACGACCCGUCAAUGACCACGGCACUUCCGUCUACCCGCGCUCUCAUCAGUAAAUACACGUGCGGCAUGACCGACUUUCCCAUGCCCGACAAGUAUCCAAGUCAUCUCUCAUCCGCACAGUUCCAAGAAUAUAUCGAGUCGUAUGCGCGGCAUUUCGACUUGCUCAAGGAUGUUGUAUUCGGUGCUUCCGUCAUACGCGCCACGCGGAACGAGGAAGACACGGCGUGGCGGCUGGAAAUGCUUGUCAAUGGCGAACCGCAGUCCAAGGAGUUUGACAAAGUAGUCUUCUGUCAUGGCUACCAAACCAAUCCCGAAAUGCCCGACUACGAGGGUAAAGAGCUGUUCAAGGGUCAGCUGUUGCAUGCCCAACAGUUCAGAAAGGCCGAUGGCUUGGAGGGCAAGAAUAUCGUUGUAGUCGGCAUGUCUAGCACGGCCUCGGACAUCAUCAACAAUCUCCUCCCAGUUGCGUCCAAGGUUUACAUGUCACAUCGCCGCGGUGGCUUCAUCCUUCCAAAUUGGCGUAAGGGUGUACCAGGAGACUUGCUAGUAACGUGGCGACGCCGUCAGAUGGGCGCAUUUUUGCAACGCCGAUUGCCACGGGUAUAUACUUGGUUGACAGACAAGGCACUGAGUUUCUUGAUGCGCAGCCAUUGGGGAAGGAUAGAUCCAGACUGGCGUGUCUUGCCAUCCCCAUCCGUCUCGCUAUCCUUACCAGGCGCCUCAAGCACCAUCAUCCCUUUGCUCCAAGAGGGAAAGCUAGUCUCACUGCACGGCAUAAAGCGCUUCACAGGACCGAGAUCAAUCGAAUUCAAUGAUGGCACAAUUCUAGACGACAUCGACGCUGUAAUCUGCGCAACAGGCUACUCCGCCGACUUCACCGUCGCCCCCUUUCUGGAAUCCAAUCGACCCGCAAACUACGGAGGACCGGACUUGGUACGACUGUGGAACAACAUCUUCCCACCGCAAUACGCCGACUCCAUGGCCCUUCUGUGCCACUCUGCCUACGGAAAGAACAACGGCUUCUCCUUCAACGACGUGCAAUCCAUGGCCAUUUCCAACAUCUUCCGUGGUGUGCAUCCCUUGCCCCCACUGCCAACGAUGAACAAGCAAAUCGACACUCACAACAAGUGGCUCGCGUCGCGCUGGCGUGCGGAAAGCCUAGGCUUCGACCCCUCCGCAGUGCAGACGUGGAAGUUCCAGCAAUUCUUACACGAAGUGGCGGGCACGGGCAUGGAGAACCUAGGAUGGGGAUGGAAAGGGUGGAAGUUUUUCUUCCGUGAUCCCAAGAUGUCGUACCUUAUGAACAAUGGCGUCGAGACGGCUCAUGCGUUUCGAUACUUUGAGACUGGAAAGAGGAAGACGUGGGAUGGGGCUAGGGAGGCUAUUAUUCGGGCGAAUGAGGCAGUCAAGGUGUUUCCGGUCAAGGGUGGAAAGGAGAAAAUUUGA